AUGCGGGCAGCAAUCAGUCACAAGUACGGACGUGACCACAGACUCGGUACACAGCCCUGGCUGGAGGAUUCCCUGCAGCCUGGUCACUUCCGGGGAAAUCCGUCACUCUCGGUGACGGUAUCACAGUACAUGAUAAGUUUGGGCCGCCGAAAGGUUCGAGCAGGAGAGGUGGUCACGAGUGCACGUGCAAUGGACGAACAGACCAUGAAGGAGCUGUAUGAGUACAAUGUCAAUUUCGCCAAUGAGGACUUUGGUCCGACAUCAAACAAACGGAAAGCUGAAGCACCCCAGAGCUGGGCAGGCUCUACAGUUCGACUCAUGCUGCAGCUGAUGUUCAUCACUGCCAUGCUCUUGCUGCUCCGUUUCGAAGAGGUUCUUCGCAUCACAUGGAGUGAUGUCCGGUUCGAGUACUAUCAGCCACGACGACGUCGAAUCAGGCUCAUGCUCCCUUUUCGCAAGACUCAUCAAUAUGGAGGUAUUGUGCCGUUCUUCCUGUACGAAAAUCCCGAGAAGCCAUGGAUGUGCCCGGUUCGUGCAUGGGCAGCUUGGUGGCAUCACUGUCGGUAUCUCGGUCUUGACAUGAAUGGCUAUGUUUUCCGCAAAAAAAUGGGACGAGAUGGUGUUAGCGCGAACCCUCAUGAUGGGAUGACCGCAGAUUCCUUCCUCGAGUGCUUCCGCAAUAACCUGCUCGAUAUUGGCAUUGACCCCCGGCCAUACGGGACUCAUUCUUUCCGUUGUGGAGGUUGUCAGUACCUGGCCAUGGUGCUUCGGUGGCCACUCCGUCAGAUAUGUACGUGGGGGGGCUGGGCAGAAAAUUUCGACAACCCCGGCACCAUCUUCAAGUACCUUCUCUCGUGGACUGAUGCACCCCAGCUCCAGCGAGAGGACUACUUCAAUCCCGACCGAGCUGGGAGUGAUCCAUGUACAGCAUGUGGCCGUACGUGCACGUGCGCAUGA